AUGAACCAGCGGCGUGGCCAGCUCGGAUCCACGCCGCGGUCGCGCUCCGUACGUCAGAUCACCCACACGAAGAAUCCGCCGACUCCAUUCAUGACGCGACGCCGUGUGAUGGCGCUAGAAGUUUUUCUUCUUCGCCUCCCUCACGAUGGUUGGCUCAACAUGGAAGGGGGUGACAGUGAUGCUGCGUUGAGCGAGGUGGGCUUGAUGGGGGGGGUUGUUGAGGAGCGUAACAGUGUCCAUGAGCACACUGGUGCAUAUGAUAUCUCAUGUUCUUGA